UUUAUUUUUUAUUGUUAAAUAUUUUAAUACUCGCGUCAAUUUACUAUUAAAUGGGUCGAAUUGCAGAGGCAACAUGGUAUUAUUGUGUUCAUUGCUAGUUCUGAGUUUACACCAACUGUUUGAGAACAUUCACUGUAAAGAAAAACUGCCCCGGUUUGUGGUCGAAGAUGGUAUAAAACCACCAAUAUUCGGCUCAUACAGCUAUAAUCCCCUCACUAAAACCUUCGAAGUCAAGGCGCACGUUUCCGAAGUGACACCAUCUGAUCUCAUUCAUAUACAGAUAUACAACAAAACAGCAACUCAAGCAAUGUCUACUUUACAAUACACAGAACACAACCGUUUUGAAUUACGUAGUGGUCCACGGCAACGACCAACGAUUGAGCAAGUGAAGCCAGUGAAAAAAGUUAGUUGGUGGGCGACUUUUAAUAACACUAUUGGCAAAUCCCUUGCAACUUCACAUUCUACGUCUUAACUAAGGUUACUUCCAUUUUUGAACUGUCUCAAUUCGAUUCUAAGAUAAACGACGAAAAUGAAUAAAUUUUAUGAAUCGAAAAGUUUCAUAGAAGUGCAUUUCAAUUUAUAAAAAUUUCCCGCGAAAUUUUACAAACGCUGGACGCCAUAUUGUAUUCUAUUGUCAUCACUGACAGUUCAUGCCACAGACUAACAAUAUUACAAACAGAGCGUGCGAGAGGGAAGAACAUAUCUAACGGAUCUCCGUGUCCUAUAUCUACGGCAAGAUAGUAAAGGUAACGGAAUCUAUUGUAACCGGAACACAUUUUGAUUGACAAGUCCUGGGCAGUCAGCCGCAGUUGGCAUUAGCUCCUUAGUAUUCUGAAUAUUCAAAUGCAAACAUUUUUAUAAAAAUAAGACAUGGAUGGAACUUGAAAGUAAAAAAAUACGAAAUACGAACUACAUUCGAAAAAGUAUGCUUAAAAACUGAGAAUAACGGGCCAAAGAAUCUUAGCGGCCUUCUUUUUUUUUAUAAUAUGAUUACAAUCUAUUAUCGUA